AUGUCACAUGACCCACACAAACCAUUUGAGCCCGCGGAUUUUAUGAACAGGAAAACCCUCCACCUCCAAACCUCACCGUCGCCCGUCGAAACCCUCUACACCACACCCGCCAAAAUGGAGAACGAAAAGGGAGAGAUCGUCGAUCUCUACGUGCCCCGCAAGUGCAGCGCCACCAACCGCAUCAUCAAGGCCAACGACCACGCCUCGGUGCAGCUCUCCAUCGGCAAGGUCGAUGAGAACGGCCGCUACACCGGCGAGAACCAGACCUACGCCCUGUGCGGUUUCAUCCGUGCCCGCGGCGAGGGCGAUGACUCGCUCAACCGUCUGACUCAGCGCGACGGCUACCUCAAGAACGUGUGGAGCGCCAGCCGCUAA